AUGCCUCGUGGUCAUAAGAGUAAGCUCCGAGCUCGGCAGAAACGCCGCCAAAACAAAGCUGAGGACCCAGGUGUUAAGAGUGCUCAGCCCCCUGCAAGAGAGGAAGGAGAGGCCGCUUGCUCCUCCUCUUCUGUUUUGGGGGACGCCCCCUCAAGCUCCACUGCUGCUGGCACUCUCCAGGCACCUCAGGAUGCCCCAGCCACCACCAGUGCGGCAACAGGAGCUUCAGCUGCCUCAUGUGAAAGAUCUUCUGUAAAAGCUAAAGGCCAUGUUAGGAAAUGUAAAAGUUCUUCCGGGGCCUCAACUUCCACUAAGAAUGCUGGCCAAGAUCUUAUAAAUCAAAAGGCAAUUAUGUUAGUAGAGUACCUGCUGCAUCAAUAUAAAAAGAAUGAUCUCAUUAAAAAGGAAGACAUGCUGAAGAUCAUCCACAAGUGGUUCAGGAAGGACUUCCCUGAGAUCCUCAGGAGAGCCUCUGAGCGCAUGGAUCGGUUCUUUGGCCUGCAAGUGAAAGAAGUGAAGCCCAACGGUAAUUGCUACACCCUUGUCGACAGUGAAGAUGAGAGUGUGAGCAGCGGCUUCAGAUUUCCUAACAAAGGGAUCCUGAUGCCUCUCCUGGCUGUGAUCUUCUUGAAUGAUAACCAUGCCUCUGAGAAGGAGAUCUGGGAAUUCCUGGAUGAUUUGGGCAUCUAUGAUGGAAAGAUUCACUUCAUUUUUGGGGAGCCCAGGAAGCUUAUCACCCAAGAUUUGGUGCAGGAAGAAUACCUGGUGUACCAGCCUGUGCCCAACAGUGAUCCUCCACGCUAUGAGUUCCUGUGGGGUCCAAGAGCCCACGCUGAGACCAGCAAGAUGAAAGUCCUCGAGUUUUUAGCCGAUCUCAAUGAUACCCUGCCCACUGACUACUCACCCCAUUAUGAAGAGGCUUUGCAAGAUGAGGAAGAGAGAAAGCAAGCCAGAGCCCAAGCCGCAACCAGGGAUGCCACUCCUCCCAAGGCCAGUGGUGGCUCCAGUGUAAAGCCUAAGGUUCCUAAGGUUUGA